AUGGCAUCUGAAAAACACUUUAGACACAUUCCUCCGUUCCCUGACGAUGUCCCAGUCAUCUCCAUGAACACCAUCUCCCUGGCAGGCUUACGUCUAGGCGACGGGAAUGCUGCCCAGCGCAUGCUAGCUGCUUGCCAGGAGCUGGGAUUUUUUUCCCUCAGUCUCCGCGGGGACAGCCUGGGGGAGGCCAUGAUGGAAGACAUUGACCAGCUUUUUGAUGUGGGGAAGGACAUCAUGAACCUUCCCCAGCAUGUCAAACAGCAAUAUCUGCAUGAUAUCCCGAGGAGCUUUCUGGGAUUCAAGCCUCUCGGCCACGCCAAGACGGAAACAGAGGAGCCUGACCGCUUCGAAUGGUUCAACCUGGGCCAAGACGGUCUCAUGGGUACCGCCCCGCUUCAACCACUCCCGCCUCUCGUGCACGGCCAUCUCGCCCUGUUCACCUCGUUUCUCAAGCACGGCCAGUCUCUGCUCACGACGAUAUGCUCUGCCCUCGAGGCCCAGCUCUCUCUGCCAGAGGGCAUUCUCACGUCCUCGCAGACGCCUACGAAACCCUCGGGGACCGUCAUCCGGCUUAUCAAAGCCCUUGCCAGCCCACAGGCUGAGGAUCUGCGGACGAGCAUGAUCCACCACACGGAUUUUGGCACCAUCACGCUUCUAGCAAAUGUCAUUGGCGGCCUGCAAAUCCUGACUCCUGGAGGGUCUGCCACGGAUGAAGGCGCCUGGCGCUGGGUGCGUCCCCAGCCAGGCUGCCUGAUUGUCAAUCUCGGGGAUGCCAUGGUGCAGUGGACCGGCGGCAUCCUGCGCAGCAACGUCCACCGCAUUCGAUAUCCGCCGGGCCAGCAGCGCCAUGUUGACCGGUACAGCCUGGCCAUUCUCUUCAGGCCAGAGCGGGAGGCAAGCAUGAGAGACAAGACGGGCGGAGAUGCUGCCGGCGACGUAGAAGACGGCAACUUGACCGCCUGGGAGUGGGAGGUGAAGAAGGCCAUGGCCUUGGCAAGGGGAGACGCCGUCGUGCAGAGCAAGGGCGGGAAGCCUCGCAAAGGUUUAGACUAA